GCGGCUUCUGACGGUGGCGGCCAGAAGCGGAAGUGCCCUUCCGGAAAUGAUGUAGGAAGCAGCUGGUAGGAGGGCGCUUGGCAGUGACAGGAUGCCACGAUGGACGGUGGGGUUCUCCCUGACAGCAUCCUUUUUGAGAUAUUCCUGUACCUGGACUACUCGGACGUCCUCUCAGCGGGGCUCGUGUGCCGGCAUUGGCAUGCAGUGGCUCAGGAUGAAGUCCUCUGGAAGGACCUUUUCUACAGAUACUAUCCAGUAGCCCGGGACGUCCCACGACACCCAGCCGCCACUUCCUGGUAUGGCGAGUUCCAGCGGCUGUCCGACACCAUCCCCUGCGUGGAAGUUCAGACGUUGGCGGAGCACAGCGACCAAGUUCUCCACCUCAGCUUCUCCCACAAUGGCUACCUUCUGGCCUCCUGCUCCAAGGACUGUACUGUUAAGAUCUGGAACAACGGCCUCCCUCUCUCCCUGCUCCACAGCACCAGCAUGAAGAAGUACAACUGGAAGUACACCCAGUUCUCCCAGUUCAACGCAGACGAUUCCCUCCUCCUCGUCUCCGGGGUCUUUGUGGGGCCCCGGACUACUUCCUCAGGCGAGAUCGCUGUCAUCGAUCUGGAAAACUUUGCCCUCCUGUCCCGGGUUCGCAACAAGCCCUACGACGUGUUUGGCUGCUGGCUGAACGAGACCCACCUGAUCUCUGGGAACCUGCACCGUAUGGGGAACUACACCUCCUGCUCUGUGCUGUGGCUGAACAACGCUUUCCAGGGCGUCGAGUCCGAGAACAUGAACGUGGUGAAGAGGCUGUUCAAGAUCCAGAACCUGAACGCCAGCAAGAUCCGGAUGGUGACCGUGGCAGACUGCAGCCGCUACGACCCUUCUGACCUCCUCCUGAACCAUGGGGAGCACUUGGAGGGGGGCACCGGGGGGCCCCGCCAGACCCUCAACCUCUGCAGUGACAGUGAGGAGGAGGAAGAGCAGGGGGAGGAGGAGCAGCAGGCCAAGCAGAAGGCAGCGCCAGAACCGGGCUCCUCGGGGGCAGAGAACCAGGCGGGCGCUGGCAGUGGGCUGGGCCGCUUCCUGACGGACAUCAUGGAGGGGCGAGUCCGGCCGGUCAUGACGGAGCUACAGAUGGAGGCCAAAGUCGCCCAGCUCCUGGCGCAGAACAGGACGAAGCCCCCCGAGCCCAACCUGCUGUCCACAGAGGGGAGCUCUAAGAAAUACUUGAUCUUCACCACUGGCUGCCUCGCCUUCUCCCCACACCAGAUUGGGAUUAAGCAGAUCUCACCUCACCAGAUGACAACCGCAGGCCCCGUCCUUGGAGAGGAGAGAAACUCGGACAAGUUCUUUGAUUCGCUCGACCACGUCAUUGAUUUCCAGGGGCAUAUUAUCGGCAUGGGCCUCUCCCCUGACCACAGGUACUUGUACGUGAACAGCCGGGCCUGGCCCCAGGACUCUGUCAUUUCCGACCCUUUGCACCCGCCCCCCAUCGCCGAGGAGAUCGACCUGCACGUGGUGGACCUCAAGACCAUGACGGAGGCCCGGGGACCCCUGCGAGGCCACCGGGCACACACUCCCAGCAACGACUUCUUCUUCAUCUUCUUGGAUGUCAGCAGAGACUUGGUGGCCAGCGGGGCAGAGGACCACCACGGCUACGUCUGGGACCGGCACUACGGGAUCUGCUUGGCCAAGCUGCAGCACAGCGACGUGGUCAACUCGGUGGCCUUCAGCCCCGUGGAACAGGAACUCUUGCUGACAGCCAGCGACGACGGGGCCAUCAAAGUGUGGCGCUCCCCCCGCACCGUGAGGCUCCUUCAGGCCGAGAAGCCGCGGCGGCCACAGAAGCUCCCCUUCUCUUGGGCCAUGAACCGGAGGAGGUGAACUGAACCGUCGUGGCCCUGCAACCUGCAAGGUCACUGUGUCUGCUUGCUGCGGCUGGGCUCCCUCGCGAAAAACCCUGCCGUAGACAGAAAGCCAGGCCCAGUGGCCGUGGGUGAGACCAGAAGGGGGUUCUUGAGUUUUCGGGGUGGGGUUUGCUGGCUAAGAGGGGAAACCCGUUCCGCUUCCUUUUAACAGGCUUCACCGCAUAGGAAUAUGCAGUGGCAUAGCAAUGGGGGGGGGGCACAGGGGAAGUUGCCCCGGGCACAAAAUGGUUAGGGGGUGCAGAUAUUGACACCCAGGGCUGCCUCAGCACAGCUGUGUGCUUCUGCCACUGGGGUCCAUUCAAAAUGGCUUCUUCAUGAGAACCAGGAAGUGACUUCUCCAGACACCAGAAUGACUCUUUUCUUAUCUCUCUGGCUGCCAUCUCCUGGGUGAUGCAGGUGCCAUUAGGCAGUUGAAUGCACAUGUGGACUCCAUUUGUUUCCCUCCCACCAACUCACCACCCUCCGCACAGCCCCGGGCACUGGCAACCCACGCUAUGGCACUGCUUCUCAGUUAAGGCAACUAUGGCAGAGCCCUGGGGAAAUCGCAAGACGGCACAGUAUUAACAUGUCGCACCAGAAGCCUCCAAGCCCCUCUCUCUCCUGCCACCCACACACUGAUCUCCUUCUGUUUCCACAGUGCUCCUGUUCUACAGCCGAUCAUGAAAUAGUGCCCUGGCCAAGCCCCUCCUGCUCCUCUCUAGGUAGAUUGAAAAACACAUUUAACUUAUUAUUUUCCCUGGGCACCUGGACCCUACGAUCUGGCAGGAAUCAGUCUGCGGGGAAGCCUCGCACUCCAGAGAGUCCAGGGCGAUCAGGGUCUCUGGUUCUGCCCAGUAAGCCAAUCGGAAACAUGCCUUGGGCUGUUGCUGGGCUGAGUCGCCACCUGCUCCUCUUUCCCUCCCAGUUACAGAGUUUUUGCAACCAGGGCGGCCCUCACCCUGGUUUGAGCAUCCUGAUUGCAGAAGCUCUUUGCUUUUGUCCAGAGCACUCCCAAACACCCACUUUGCCUUUACAUGGAGGCCAAGAGGGGAAAAGAGAGUUGCUGAGUGGGGGGGGGGGGAGCACAGUGCCAAAUUUGGAGGUAAUUUGAGGAUUAGAUUUUCCUUUUUCAUAGCUGCCAAGUCCCUGCUUGCAAGUCGGAUGUGUUCUCUAGGUGCCCCAUCUGGCUUCCUUUCACCACUUGAAAGCUUGCAUGGAAACAGAGCAGCCUCUCC